AUGGAAGUGAGUUGCGGUCCGCAGUUCAUCUACGACCUUGCCGACCCUUGUUCUUUCUUGCUCGCCAUGUCGAAAGAGAUUCUGGGGCCGCUACACAAUGCGACGGCGGGCGAGGUGAUGGAGUUUCUCGACGCGCUUGCGCUGCAGAUCUACCCUCGUGGCUACUGGGGGCUGACGUGGACUACGAGCUGCCUGAACCUCGUCAGUCUGAUGGGUGUCGUACUGGCGAUGCUGCUGUACGGACAUCGCCGCACGCCGCUGUGGUUUGUCAAGCUCGAAAAGCGUACCUACACCGUGCGCAUCCGUACGCCCACCAACACGCCGAUAUGGCAUCGCAUCUCGAGGCUCUUCCAAACACCGCCUGGAAAAGAGGAGACGCGCGUGGGAAAGUUCAUCACGGCGUCGUGCAUCAACUGCCACCUGGUGUUUUCGGAAGUAUACGUGCUGUCGCUCUUCAUCAAGACGGUGGUGUCGUACACAUCACGCGGGGCAGCGGAUGCUGCGCCAGUGCUGAGCCCCGAGGUGUGGCACAUCUUUAUGAUCGCCUUUAUCUUUUCCACGGCGUACUUUUCGACACUCGGGUAUGUGGCGGUGCUGGCGCCGAACACGCGGCCCGUGGUGUGGAAUGGGUGCGUGGCCGGGAUUUAUGCGAGCAUCUUUGUGUAUGCGCUGGCGUGCUUUGUGGGGAGCGCGUGCUGCGCGGUACGGAUCGAUGCACUGCGCAGGGCGGUGUACGAUCAUCUGUGCGUCGGUGCAGGCCUGCGUGGCUGGAAAGGACCGGGAAGGUUCGAUCCAGCUGCGAGGGCGGAUACGGAAUCGCUGGUGCUGAUGGCAAGGACGUUUGCCGAGGCAGAGCAGAGGAGGAGGUGGUUACUCAAGAUAUACAGCCUCAUUGCCGCCUGCGGGGUGAUGCUGGCAGUCCUCUACCUGGUCACUCUGGCGAUGCUUACGAGGAAGAUCGCUGCUGAGCUAGUACGUAUUCGCCAAACACCCCGUACCAACACCACCAAGGAUAGUACCAAGGCACCGGAAGAGGCUGGCGAGGCGGUGGUCAUCUCCAAGCUGCUGGCGCAGCCGGGUGGAUUGAGCCAGCUCAACCGCGCUCGAGCGCGCACUCCACCACCACCCAAGCCGGCCCCCAACGCGCCGUUGCCCCCGACGCCACAGCCGAGCUUGCGAUGCGCAACGCCCGACUCGACGUAUAGCAGGAGCGAGUCUGCGCAUCGCCACCACGACUCGGUCAGCAGCAACUUGGCCGACUCCCCGCUGCCGCUUGUCGAAAAGCGCACGCACCGUCACACGCCUUCACCACCAACACGCAGCGCCGACGGCGUGCACGAUGCACUGGCGACCGACGAAGGCUACCUCGCCGUAUGCCGGUUCCUCUUCAGCUGCGUCAUCGACCACGUCGUCGUCGCCCUCCUCUGCCUCGAAUUCGGCGCCUCCUCCAUGCGGUUGUGUAUGGUAUUUGGGAGGUAUCCGCGCGAGGCACAUGCGGCGAGCAUCGCAGCGGCACACGUCGACAUGUUUGGAUCGUGCUGGUUCACGUUGCUCAAGACGGUCAACUCGAUGAAUCUGUUUGCGCCCUUUGUGCUGUUCCCCGCGUCGCACAUGAAGCUCGCCAGCAUCCUGGAGGGUGCUGGUGCGCAUCAUAGGAGAGCGAGGAGGUCGGAGGUGCCGGUGGAGAGUCAGGUCGUCGAGACAGCCGCGCGUGCAAGUCCACAGCCUGGGGAAGCUGGCGGCGUGGCGGGGUACGUAACCAUGGUGACGAAGUUUUUCCGUCCAGCUCGCCAAGGGAACGACGAACCGCCUUCGACCUCGACCGCGACAGAGCAAGCCACGCCCAACAGCGACGGGGAUCCAACACCCGCGUCGGCGGGGUCGCGUUUUGCAGCGUGGCGCGGGGCGGGUCUUGAACGCACCGACUCCAUCUCGGUCUCGUCGCACACCACCAUGCCUGCUCAUCGCGACCUCGUCCUCAACGCGCUAAUCUCGUCACGCGCACUUCCCAUUCAGGGCUUCUACUGCCACCCAACCCCACCGCCAUACGACGUGCAUCUCGAAUCCAACCCCUUCCGUCGAGACCGUCAGCGUAGCUACGACUCGCUCGCCUCGUGCACCUCCCCCCUCAGUGCCGAUUCGACCCAGACGCUCGAGGCAGUCAUCCGCACCGCCGUCCCCGUCAUCAUCGCCCAACCUCCCACCCCCGUCACAGCCCACCGCCCAAGGACAACAAGCUCCGUACGACUCAAGCGCCAGUGGUCCCUCCCCACCGCCAACGACGACGAGGUGGAGAUGACCACCUCGUUCGACUCGGAGACCUUCGGUCAGUGCCGCUCCAACUUUCAUUGA